AUGGCGACCGACGAGGACGAGCGGCGCAUGUCCGUAGACGGCAUUGAAGAUGCAAAAGAUUCCAGUUCAAGCAGCGAAAACGAAGACUCUGGCGUUGAUGAAGAAGCCCCAGCAAUUGAAUGGCUGGCAACAAGCCGCGAGAAACGAUCAACGGCCGGCAACCGCAUGAAGUCCAUGAUCGCCGCCGAAGAGCCUGACGACGAGCUUGAACUCCUUUUCGCCGAGGAUGGCGAUGAUGCCGGAUUCACCGACGUGGACGACGAUGCAUCGGACGUACACAUGGAAUCAUCCUCGGAUGACGAGGAUGCGCAAGAGAAUGCCGACGAUGACGCAGGAGAGAAGGAGCUGGAGAAGCAAGCACGCGAAAGUCGGCAAGCCGCGCGGAAGCGCAAAGCGCAGGAGGUCAUACCUGUUAAGUUUCGCAAGAAGGUCAAAAUCAAUACAAACACUUCUACUUCCACUCCGUCAACAGCGACACCACAGCCGAGACCGAAAAAGAAGUCAGAGCGCACGAGCUGGCUCCCGACCCCAGCAGAUAUGCCCACACGAGCUUCAAGGCGAGAGACCACUAUGCUCAGCAAGGAACAACUACAUCAACAGAUGAUUGAUAGAGAAGUCAAGCGCCUCAAGCAGGUCGAAGCCAUGGAGCGGAGAGCCAAGAAGAUGGAGGCACUCAAGAAGCCACCCAUGACCCAGGCGCAACGACUCGCUGAGGCCGCCAUCGUGGAGAAGAGGAACGCCAAGAGCCUCAACCGAUGGGAAGAGGCCGAGAAGCAGCGCGAGGAAGAACGCCGGGCUAAGCUGGCUGCACUGAAUAAUAGGACGCUCGACGGCCCGGUAGUCACAUUCUGGAGCGGUGUUGGAGAGUGGGUCGAUGGCAAGCUGAAGCAUGUUGGCAAGUUUGUGACUAUUGAGGAGAAACCUAUCAAGAAGAAGCGUGCUUCUGCCCUCCGUGAAACUGCAGGAAAGCUGAAUACAGCAAACGCUGAAGCCCCACCACCGAACCAGCCUGAAAAGAAAGAACAACCGCUUGAUGGACCGCCUCCUGCACUAAACGAAGUGGAGAUGCAGGACUCAAACGCUCCAGAGCCCAAAGACCCUGAGGUGAGGCCCCCAGAAACGAUGACAGCUCCAAAGACGCGAUCUCCAGAGGCCAAUCCCCCUGAAAUAAAGCCAUCGGACAUGAGGCUGCCAGAAACGAGUCAAUAUGCCCCUAGCAUGUUUGCUCUACCCCAGCAGUCACAACUUAUGAAGGCUCCAGAGCUUAAGCCGCCUUCUAAUAGUUUUUUGGCCCCACCCCCUGGAGUCACACAGAGUGGACUGUCUAUGCCUAUGUUGGUUUACUCUUCAUCUACCAACAAUACUUCCGACGUCCUCGCUCCACCAAACACAUCACAGAGACAAUCUCCACUUUCUAUGCCACAGACGAAUACAGGCCCUCCUCCGGCCCCAAUACAGUCUGCGCCUCGCCAGGAUCAGACGGCGUGUACCGCUGCUCCCCCUCGAACCUCUUCUAAGCCGCUUGGAAACCUCAAAGCUACUCACACGAAUGCGCCCAAGAAGCAAGCCAAUGUAGCCGAGCCAGCCCCUCCACCUCGGCCGUCACCACCUGCCAAUGGAAAGGCAACGCGGAAUUGUUUCAUUCUCCAAAACUUUGAUGAGAAUUCCAUCAAAGAAAAAGCCGUACAGACACGUAUUCUGUUCGGCAAGAAGAUGAACAAACUAGGGAAACCAGCGCACCCCCCCAAAUGCAUCAUCACUAACAAGCCAGCCCUUUACAAGGACCCCAAAACUGGCCUGCCCUAUCGCGACAAAGACGCCUACAAAGAAAUCCAAAAGUUACAGCGUGGUGACUACAAGUGGAGUCGUCUUGUGGGCGCGUGGGUUGGCACUGGCUCUUGUGCCGCAAGGGGGGUCCCAGCUCGAUUUCUCGACCCGAAUGCUCCAGGACCGGUGAAGAAAACCGAACUUAAGGAGUCUGAUGAUUUGACGAGUACCAAACAGGAGGAACCCGGCCAGGCGAAGACUGCACCGGCCACACCAUCAACUGGAAAUGUACAAACUCAACCAGCAACUACAACGCCUGUUUUGGCUCCGCCCGUUGCGACUGUGCCUGCGGUGGCUACAACUCCUGCACCAGCUGGAACCUGCACUACAGCUUCGGCGAGCGUGGCGCCUUCAUCUGCGGCUCUCAUACCUGCAACAGCUGCGGCCGUCCUCCCGUGA